CCCUCUGUGUUUGGCCCCUUGUGGUUAGUAAAGAAGUAGGUAUUCAGAAUCGGGAGUACAACACCCUAAUCAUAAGGCCAUGCUCCUUCAUUUUUAAACAUGACACUUUAUAUUUUGAGUUCACAUCAUAUGCUUUUCCUUUUUCAUUCUUUGCGUGGUUCAUAAAAUAGGUACUAGUAAAUUACUGGGGUUGAUAUAACCAACUGUCCCUUUCUCUUAAAUUUCUAAUCUUGGGCCUGGAAGAAGUUAUCAAAUUACUUAUUUGUCUGCUUUUAAUAGUGAGUUUAUAUAUAACUGUUGUCUGCUGUAUUUAUACUACUAUAUCCUACUUUGUAUUCAUCUUUCUCUUACCCUCUAGCCCUGCCGAUAAACCCUGGUAUGUUGACUGCCCACUGCCAUCAUCGACCUCCUUUCUCAGGCAGCCAAUCGACUGGUCGUUAUUUUAGUACAUCUUCAAAAGACUCAGUAACAGCCACCAAGGAAUAUAGUUACGUUGUUGUUGGGGCCGGGUCUGCAGGGUGUGUCCUCAGUAAUCGCCUUACAGAAGAUGUUGACAAUACUGUACUUCUAUUGGAAGCUGGUCCAAAGGACUAUACUUGGAAGAUCCACAUGCCCGCAGCUCUGAUAUACAACCUAUGUGAUGAUAAAUAUAAUUGGUACUACAUGACAGAACCGGAGAGAGGCAUGGACAACCGAGUAAUGUAUUGGCCAAGGGGCCGUGUUUGGGGUGGGUCAUCUUCUCUAAAUGCAAUGGUAUAUAUUCGGGGUCAUGCUCUUGAUUAUGACCGAUGGGAAAAGGAAGGGGCUUUGAACUGGUCAUAUGCAGACUGUUUACCUUAUUUCCGUAAAUCUCAGACACAUGAACUGGGUCCUGAUGAAUAUCGGGGAGGAGAAGGGCCCUUGCAUGUAUCUCAGGGUAAAUCUAAUAACGAGCUGCACCAAGCUUUCAUUGAUGCUGGUGUUCAAGCUGGUUACCCAUUCACUGAUGAUAUGAAUGGCUACCAGCAAGAAGGAUUUGGUUGGAUGGACAUGACUGUUCACAAGGGUAAGAGGUGGAGUACAGCUAGUGCUUACCUGAGGAAGUCGUUAAAAAGACCAAACCUAGACACUGAAGUAAAUGCAUUUGCCAGGAGGAUCCUUUUCGAAGGUAACAAAGCAGUUGGCAUUGAGUACGAACAGAAAGGUGUUAUUCACCAAGUAAGGGCCAACAAGGAAGUGAUUCUAAGUGGUGGUGCUAUCAAUUCCCCACAACUUCUCAUGCUUUCUGGUAUUGGCAAUGCUGAUGACCUUAAAAAACUGGACAUUCCAAUUGUUAAUCAUUUACCUGGUGUAGGCUCAAAUCUUCAGGAUCAUCUUGUAGUCUGCUUACAACAGAAAUGUCUUAAACCAAUCACAUUGUACAAAGCGCAAUGGAAGUUUCCACAUGUCAUGAUUAAAAUUGGACUUCAAUGGUUUCUGACAUCUACAGGUGAUGGUGCUACAUCUCAUUUUGAAACAGGAGGUUUCAUUCGUAGUAGACCUGGUGUAGAACAUCCAGAUAUUCAAUUCCACUUUCUGCCAUCUGCUUUGGAUGAUCAUGGUCGCAAAGCAGGCUCAUGUCAUGCUUAUCAGUUUUAUGUGGGUCCUAUGAGACCUACAAGUAAAGGCUAUUUGAAAUUGAUGUCUAAAGACCCUAAGGUUCAUCCAAUUAUAAUUGCUAACUACCUUACAACUGAACAAGAUGUAGUAGAUAUGAGAGAUAAUGUCAAACUCUCAAGAGAGAUAUUUGCACAGAAAGCUUUUGAUCCUUAUAGAGGUGAGGAACUAGCUCCUGGUCCCAAUGUCCAAAGUGAUAAACAAAUCGAUGCAUUUAUCCGUCAGAAGUCUGACAGUAACUAUCACCCAUGUUGUACGUGCAAGAUGGGAGAUCCAUCAGAUAAUAUGGCUGUGGUCGGCCCUGACACUAAAGUCUAUGGAAUUGAGAAUCUUCGUGUCGUAGAUGCCUCAAUCAUGCCCAGUGUAGUCAGUGGCAACUUAAACGGUCCGACUUGCAUGCUCGCUGAAAAAGCAGCAGAUAUCAUUCGGAAUCGGCCAGCACUUCCUAAAUCAACAGCCCCAGUCUGGCAGCCCAAAUCAUUAGAUACCCAAAGAUAACUCAUGCUAUCCACUCCUUUCACCUUGUCCGUUUCCCUUUCAAAUUAUAACUUUGCUGCAGCUACUGUACUUUGAUUGAUUGAUUGAUUGAUUGAUGGAUAAAUGCAUGCAUGCAUGCUUUCUUAUUUACUUAUAUAAAUAUUCAAUUAUACCUUUUUACUGCUUUUUUUUUUAACAUGAAGGCUGACAUCUUUUUCUGAGUAUUAAAGUAUUUAUUUUUACAAAGCAUUUUAGUCAUAAACUCAUGUUCAUUUAUUUCUACA